GCGAAGUGUUCGUCUUCGUGAUAAAUUCGUGCGAUUUUCUUCCGGUUUGACACGAUGUAGCAUUGACAAAGUUGACAAGUCGACCCAAUGAAUCAGAAAGUCGCAUGCUUGUCAGCUAAGAUUUGCCAGCCGCGUGGUUCUAUUCUGAUCUCGAGAGAGGGCUGUAGGGACCAGGUAGCUUAUCUUUACCGGCACAGGUAUAGUACAACCACGGCGUGACAAGCCGAUCGUAGAAUCAUAACUAACUGAACAUGGAGGCGCCAAACACAGCAAGUGUCAGCGAGGCCGACGUCUGGAAGAAGAAGUUUGAAGAAUGCGAAAAAACGCUGUCAGCGUUGGAACCUUUGGCUGCCGAUGGUGUCAAGGCAUAUGAUGAACUUCUGAAUAAAUACAACACCAACCAGACCCAGUACAAAAAACUUCAAGACAAGUUGCAAGAGAAAGAAGAACAGAUGAAUGAAAUAAAAACACUGGUGGAACCCAUGUACAAUGAGUAUGAUAAACUGCAGACCAGGUUAAGCAUUGAAACCAAGUGUAGGGAGGAAGUGGAAACCUAUGCUAGUAAGCUGACCAAGGAGAACAAAGUAUUACGUAGACAGAGUCAAGCUUUCCUGAACAAAAGUGGUGGAGCGGUUCCAGUGGAGAAAGAACCCGAUAUCUUUAAGGAACAUUGUGAGAGGAUGGAGAUUAAAAUCAAAGAGUUAGAAGAAGAGAUCACAGAAAUUAAACAAAAGCUGCGGAACUCAGAGGACGAGACUGCGACUCAGAAAGAACGCGCAGACAAGGCGGUGUUGAGGGUACAGAAAACCAACCAUGAGCUAGAGCGUGCCAAAAGAUCCUUGAAACAACACGAACAAGCCUUACAGGAACUGGCCAACUGUUCAGAGCUGGCUUUCAAAGAAUACCAGUCGCUCCGUAAAAAAUAUGAUAUUGAAAUCCAGUGUCGAAGCAAAGCUGAGAAAUAUGCUAGUCAGAUGUACGUUCAGUCAGAGGCCAUGAAGAGACAGAGCGCUAUCUUACUGACGUCUGUGGCUUCAGAUGAGCGAUUGCUGAUGGCGCUUACAGCGGUGGAGGAAGCCAAUGAACAGCUGGAGGAGCUGAAGCAGAAACAUGAGCAGGAGGUGAAAACUCUGGAAGAGCAGUUAUCUGGCAGUGAACAUCUUGUUCAAGUUGCUACUCUAGAAGAAGAACUGAGCCGUCUGGAGAAAGAGAACGAGGCUCUUCAGAAGAAGCAUGACGAAACCAACAACCAGUACAAGGAGUUGUUAGCAAAAUACAGAGAAUUGGAGAGUAAAUAUGAUGUUCUGACCCAGCCUCCCCCGCCCCCUCCACUUCCUGUGGACUUCAACGUAACCAAAAAAAAUGUGACAGACAUUAUCAAGGAGAAAAGGGAGAUGAAGCAGAGGAAAUUGGCGUCAGGAGGUGUGAAGCAGAGUGAAGGUUAUGCCAAGGCCAUUGAUGAGAUGAUGAAUCGCAUUAAGGGGGGACAGACUGUGCUGAAACCAUGCGGUAAAAAUCUACGCAGGCCCUCUGUCCCAGACGAGACGGACAGUGGUGGAGGAGCCAUGGAGGAGCUACAUAACAUCUUUAGUAAAAUGAAGAAAACACGUAGUGAGGGUGAUUUGUUGAGUGUGACCAGCUCAGAGUCUGAGGAUGGGGACUCAGAAUUGGCCAAAACAUUCCAGAAAAUUCGAGGAGGCCCAUCUGGAUCCAACUCAGGUGUUCCUGGGCCAGGUUUGCCUAAGGUGCAAGAGGAGAGAGAUUCUCAAAUCAGUGCUCUGUAAUCAACAGAUUCCAGCAGUAGCAGUGAAGAAAUGUCAUCUGCAAUGUCAACCAGAUUUGGAAAUCCAUGCUACAUUCCAGUGGUCAGAAUUAUUUUAAUCAUAGUUAGUGUAACAUUUCCUUAUACUUGUUGUAUGCAUGUCUGUAGUGCUGCCUGUGUAUAUUUUACCUAAGUAAUAGGUCAAGAAAUACACUUGUUUUUAUGUGCUAUUUUCAUAUUUUUUACAACCAUUGACUUGUAAAUUCCUAAAGCUUUUCAUUAAUACCUCGUAAACUAUGUAAAUUUGAGAUUACAUUUCUGCAUAUGUAAACGUACAGUGAUGAUUUCAUUAGCUGGAUUACACUACAUGAACUAGGUAGGAAUGAGGAGGAAAGAAAGCAAAGGGGAUUUAUGAAUCUGGUUCUGUGAUUUUAAAUUCAAACAGUGUGUGCCUAUAUAUGCUUGUGAAAUUAGGGUUGUAAAAUCACACUGAAGAGUAUUAUUGUAAACAGAUGUUCAAUAAUUCAAUACUCUUUUUCUCACCAAUGCAGUUGCUGUAAGUUCAAGUCCAGCUCAUGCUGGCUUCCUCUCCGGCCGUAAGUGGGAAGGUCUGUCAGCAACCUGCGGAUGGUCGUGGGUUUCCCCGGGGGCUCUGCUAAGUUUCCUCCCACUAUAAUGAUAGCUGCCGUCGUAUAAGUGAAAUAUUCUUGAGUACAGUGUAAAACACCAAUCAAAUAAAUAAAUAAAUCAAUACUCUUUUUUUUUAAAGUACCCUUUGUUAUAAAUGUGGCUAUUGCCAUGUAAUAGCUGUAGUUUGUUACAGUUUGUAAAAAAUUUAAAAAGGUAUAAGCUUUUUUCAGUAGCUUUUACAUUUUCUGCAUGUCUCUUGAUGUGUUUUAGCCAUACAGGCUGUCUAAGUGCAUAUUUUAUAGGGUGUGGAGAUUCUAUUUGGAGUGUGUUUUACUCCAGUUUUCAUUUUUUGAUAUACAUGUUUGCCUGUGUAUGAUUUUCAGGGUGUAAUUUCUCCACAACUGGGUAACAGUCACAAAAAUUCAUAUGCAGAUGAAUUGUCAUCAUAGAAAGCUGAAACAGAUGGACUGGAUUUACAUGUUCAUAGGCAAAUCUGUGUGUGAUGCUUAAAGUAAGAAAACAUUGUCAGCCUCAUUAUUUGAUAUUCAUGGCAUUUUUCUGCUUCUAGCAUUUUUCAGAGUUUAUAUUAAUUGGAAUUUUAGAAAGCUAUUUUCAGUGUAAUACAAACUAUAUUUUAGCUUUAUUGUGCAAUGUUUAAAAAGUUUCCUGCAAGUUUCCUGUCAGCAUAAAAGUGACCCACACUCUAUUGUUACAGGAUGUAUACUUGUAUGUUUUAAUCUAACAGAUUUAGGAGUUAUUCAGGAAGAGAGUGGAAACAAAGCUAUAUGUAUAUCCUAUAUACAAACCACAGAUAUUUUUUUCUGAUGUGCUUGGGAGCUCAAUAAAUCAAUAUCUAAUGUGUAAUUUAAUUCUAAAGCCAUGGCAUACACAAUGUUAAAGUAACCAGAAACAUGAUGUUGCAUCAACUUGUACCCCACGCCCAUAUGGUUAAAGGCAUCUAGGGUUGAGAUGAUGUAACCAGAAACAGAUGCGUUCUCAACUUAUGGAAGAACCUCUGACUGAGUUCAGUAUUCGAUUGAUUGAAUUGAUGGCAGUGCUAUCAAUUUUCUCAGUGUGUGCAGUUUUGCUUACUUUGAACUGCAAUAUCUCAGUUAUGCCUUUUACACUUCAUACUGGACACUUUAUUGAAACAUCCAUACAUUUAGUCUGGUGGUGUCUUUUCUUUUUAAAAUGCUUCUUGGUAUGCAGAGAUACAUGUAUGUACAACCAUACUGCUGUCAAGGUCUGGAAGAGAUCAGUUCAUGUACAUAUGAAUAGAUGUAACCAUGUUCACACGCAGAUGGUUUUUUGUUUGCUAAUGAAGAUGGUACACAUACUAUUGGCGGCUUAAUUUGAUCCAUUGUCAUUCAUUGUAUGGCUGAAAACUUGUGUAUUUCAGUCAUUAUCAUUAUUAUUCAGUAUUAACAAAGUACUGGUAUAACGUGUAAAUGACCUAAAAUUUUGCCCAUUAAAUAUUACUAAAUAAAUAUUAUUAUUAAAUAUCAAAACACAAGUAUGAGAUCGAUAGGCUUCUCAUAGUCAUGGAAAAUAAUAAUGGGUGAAUUUUAGGUCAUUUACCACAUUUUUUUAUGCUUUUGUGUUUCAUUUGUUAGAACUGCUUUGACCAGUCAACACCAAAAGUGGUGCCCUUUGUUAUACAUAGGCAGCAAGUUCUGAUCCCUGUGAGAAAAUCAUGCUCGUUGGUUUUAAUGCUGAUAAUUUACCAGAUGAAGUGAGAAAAUAGUGUUUCCUGCAGUUAUAAAGCCUGGUAAUUUAGUAGAGGAGGAUAUAAAAUAGUGCUUCCUGCAGUUAUAAGGCCUGAUAAUUUACUGGAGAAGGAAAUAUGUAGUGCUUACAGGAAUGUAGACCUGGCCAAUCAUAAAUUACUAGACAAAAGUGAGGGAAUAGUGCUACUAGGAAUUAUAACCUGUCAAUGUAUUGGUGAUUAAAAACCAUAUAUAUUUUGUAUUAUAA